CUCCCUCCGCUCUGCAAAGGGAGGGGAGAGCUGAGGGAUUCUUGCAGUCACACCAGUCUUCCCGGAGCUGCAGACGAGGAGACCGGUGCUCUCGGAAGCCUCUCGGAGGCUUCGCCCUCGGCUGCGCUGUGUGCAGGCUCUCCCAGCCGCCCCCACCCGCGGCUCGCCCUCGCUCCCUUCCUCUAGCUCAGCGGGCCGGAGCGCGCACACCGGGGCUCCGGCACGUGGGCGCGCGGGAGGCGGCGGCCGCUGCUGCCGCUGCCGGAGCCCAAGCCGAGCCCGAGCCCGAGCCCCAGCCGGAGCCAGAGAGAUCGCCCUCCAUGCUGCGGGCGCUGCGGCCGCCUUCCGCUCAGCCUCUGGCCCCAGCCCAGCCCCGCAAGCCGGAGAAGCAGCGGAGGGAAGGAGGACGAGGACAAGAGGGGCGCGGCGGGCUGGGGCAAGCUGGGCUCUGAGCAAGAAGCGCCCGCAGCCGGGAGGAGGCAGCCCGGUUCUGUAGCUCGCUCUCUGCUCUUGUCGCUGCUGGGGGCUCCAGGCAGCACGAUGCCGCUCUGCUUCUUCUAGGCGGCGGCCGGCGGAGGCUUCCCUUAGCCGCUCGGCCCGCGCUGGGCUCCAUUCUACCGGCUAGUCCCUUGUCUACCCUGGAGGAACGCGCCCCGCCGUCGGAGCCAGAGAGAGCGCUAAGUCCGAAGUCCGCCCCCAAAGCCGCCAACUUCCCCGGGAGCCCCUCUCCCCGCUGCAGCCUGCGCCAGUCUUGGGAAUGAUGCGCCCCCAGCCGGGCGGUGCUCCCUCUGCCAACUCGCCACCCAUGGGAUCGACUGCCCUCGGCUGCCCGGCUUGGAGCGCGUAGCCUUCGCAGCGUGGCUAGGUAGAGCAGCGAGAUACUAAGGCAUUUCGGGGACCCCGCGCGCGGAUUUCUGCUGGGGUCUUCUCCGGGGGCAGCGUCCAGACCCAGGGACCUGAAAGAAAACUCCAUCCUCAGGGACUUGGAGAAGGCUGAACUGGAGCUUGUGUGAAGCUAAAGAAAAAAAAAAUCCCUUUUGGUGGUGGCUUGAGAUUAUUUCAACCCCAUUGUGGCCAUGAAGUUUGUAUCUAAGAUUCAAGAAGACUAGGACUGCUAAGAUGCCUCAGGAACAGUACACACACCACCGGAGCGCCAUGCCCGGCUCCGAGGGGCCACAGGUCUACAAAGUGGGGAUUUACGGCUGGAGGAAGAGAUGCCUGUAUUUCUUUGUCCUACUCCUGAUGAUUUUAAUCCUGGUGAACUUGGCCAUGACCAUCUGGAUUCUCAAAGUCAUGAACUUCACAAUCGAUGGAAUGGGAAAUUUGAGAAUCACAGAGAAAGGUCUAAAGCUAGAAGGAGACUCAGAAUUCUUACAACCGCUCUACGCCAAAGAAAUCCAGUCCCGACCAGGUAAUGCCCUGUACUUCAAAUCUGCCAGAAAUGUUACAGUGAACAUUCUCAACGACCAGACUAAAGUACUAACUCAGCUGAUAACAGGCCCCAAAGCUGUAGAAGCUUAUGGCAAAAAGUUCGAGGUAAAAACAGUUUCUGGAAAAUUGCUCUUCUCUGCAGAUGACAAUGAAGUGGUAGUAGGAGCUGAGAGAUUACGAGUUCUAGGAGCAGAGGGCACCGUGUUCCCUAAAUCCAUAGAAACACCUAAUGUCAGGGCAGAUCCCUUCAAGGAACUAAGGUUGGAGUCCCCAACCCGGUCUCUGGUGAUGGAAGCCCCAAAAGGAGUAGAAAUAAAUGCAGAAGCCGGCAAUAUGGAAGCCACCUGCAGAACAGAGCUGAGACUGGAGUCCAAAGAUGGAGAGAUUAAGUUAGAUGCUGCGAAAAUCAAACUACCUAGACUGCCUCAUGGAUCCUACACGCCUAUGGGAACGAGGCAGAAGGUCUUCGAGAUCUGCGUCUGCGCCAAUGGAAGAUUAUUCCUGUCCCAGGCAGGAACUGGUUCCACUUGUCAGAUAAACACAAGUGUCUGCCUUUGA